AUGGGCAACAGAGGUAGUCUAGAGGACGAAAUUCGUCAAAUGUUUCGUCAAUGCGGAAUCACGGAUCUUCCUGAUCUUUCAUGUACAUACAAUGAAGAAGAUCAAGCACAUAUAUGUACUUGGCACACUCAUGACGGAACAAGGAUUGGAUUUGGUCGCGCUUCAAACCCCGCAUUUGCUAUUCGAGAUUGUUUGGCUGAUGCACGCGUAGAGGCUCAGAGUAGGAUGCCUAUUGCUUCUACUCCUACUCCUCCAAGAAGCCCUACUCCUUCGAAUGCUACUCGUUCUUACAUGUCGGAUUAUUACUCGAGAAAUGUCGCUGACAAUGAAUAUCAGCGUGUGCCAACACAUGUGGAUCGACCGAAAGCUUCACCAUUCAACGAAGCACCAACACCUCUCAAAGCUGACUUGGGAAAACUCACACCUGUGACCUUGAACAUUGCUACUCCACUCAAGUCGCGUCUUGUACGUGAGCUUGGGCCAGGGGGUUUUGAAACGCCUUCUGAGCUCGGUGGUCAACUUCCAUCUUUGGCCGAUCGAAUGGGUCUCUUUGUCGGCAAUGCAGAAGCUCGACGAGCUCAUGUCGUAUACACAUGGAACAAAUUCAACAAUGAAGCGUAUACUGGCACAUACCAAUUACCUUUAUUCAGAUUGAAUCUUCCCAUAGUCAAGGAACUCCAACGAUGUCUAAAAGCCAUCAAUGAUGAAUUACCUGAAUUGUUGAUUGUCGAAGCACCUGCUGGAGCAGGAAAGACAUCUGAAGUUCCUCAAUUGAUAUGGGAAUUGGCUCUCUCAAAGGAAACCAAUCCAUUGGAUGUCAACAUACUUGUAGUAUCGCCACAUCCUACAAGCUGUAUUGUCGCUGCUCAUCGUAUUGCCGAACUACGUGAUGAGCAAAUAGGUGAUAUAGUUGGUUAUGUCACAGAUAAGACAGUCAAACCUCCUGAAUACGGAGGAUGUAUCUGUUUUGUCACUCCUACUGUAUUUCUUCGACAUUAUUUGGCGGCUGAAAUUGGAAGUAAUAGGCCAAUUACGCGCUUUUCGCAUCUGAUUCUUGAUGAGGUGCAAGAAGACAAGCCCGCCAUGCAAAUCGCCAUGUCAUGUCUGGCCACACUCUUCGCGACAAGAAAGUUGACUACCAAACUGAUUGUCAUGGUCACGUCAUACCACAGACUCAGCCUCAUAAACCCUAUCAAAUCCUUCUUCCAACCAUUAUCAUCCGAAGUCAUAUCCAUCAAGGAAAAGACCCCUGCUGGUCAAUGGAUGCAUGCAAUGGAAUCGACCCUCAGGAUAUUGAAAUUGGCAUACCAACACGACACUCCAUCAACAUUCGAAAACGAACGAACCCGUUUCGUUGUUGAUUGUGAAGCCAGAUUCAAUGAGUUGUAUAGGCGUUUGGGGCCAGAGACUGCGUCUACAGUCUUGUUGAGGGGCAGCUCUGCGGCGGCCAAGACCGCUGAUAUAGAGAUGUUUGCUAGAGAACGCAUUCCGUUUGAUUUGAUUGCACUUUUGAUUGUGCAUUUGUUGAAAACUUAUAAAGACAAGGAUCCCAUCGUUGUGUUUCUGCCACAUGUCACAGACAUUGAGACUCUAUAUUUGAUGCUGGCCGAAUCGCCAUUAGGCUACCAAAUCGUUGGCAGCAGCAUAAUUCAUCUCGUCAACGUUUGGAAUCCAAAACCAGGUGCAGGCUCUCGAAAGGAUAUAUACGUAGCAGCCAAAAACACCCGUACAAUUAUUCUUACGACGGAUAUCUCUGAGAGUUGCAUCACCUUGCCACUAGUAGGACAUGUGAUUGAUGCUGGGUUUACCAUGAUGGCUGAUGGUUCCCUCCCAAACGUUGCUCAUGCCGUUUGGGCAACGCAAGAACAGCUGGAUCGCCGAGCUGCAUUGCCCAAACGAUAUACUGAUGGCGAGUAUUGGGCCAUGUAUUCUACUGAGAGAUACAAUAAGCUUCCAACUCAUCGCCAAACAGACUUUGCUGCUCCUGGUCUAUUGGAGUUGGUGCUUCUCAUUCGCCGAGUCUUUGGUGAUUCUGUCUCGACGAAAUCCAUUCUGGAGAAGGCUUCAUCGUUCCGCGCUAAUGAGACAGUCGUGUUGAAAGAGAACUGGCCUCGAUCGUUGCAAGCUGCUCAAACCUUCAGACUCGUCUUGCGGGAAGGUCUCACACCACUUGGUCGUAUUACUUGCACUCUACCAUUACCACCUCCACUUGCCAAAAUCCUUGUCUUUGGAACGCUCUUCUCGUGUCUUGAUCCCAUCCUAACAAUGGUAUCUAUACUGCUGUUGAAUGUCAGCUUGAUUCCACAUGAAGAAGCCAUGUCAGUGUCUCAACGACAAGCUGUUCAAGUGCAUUGUGAUGGACGAGGUACUUUGGCUGGUUCUCUCAACUUGUAUAAUCAGUGGGUUGAGUAUGCCAGAAAGGAGUCAAAGCAAGCUCUUGAACGCUGGUUGAAGGAACAGAAACUCAAAGCAGAAAUUCUCAGCUCGAUUCGAAACACUCGUCAAGACCUAUUGAAUCACUUGACACGAAACGGUCUAGUCCAUUGUGCACAUCACUUGGACUCUACAAAGACUCCCAAAGUACCUGAUGUCAUGCACGCCAUCUUGACUGACUAUGGCGCCAACUCUCAUAAUACUCAGCUCGUCUUGCAACUCGUAUCAUCAGGAUUAUCCAUAGCUCGCAUACUUCCACCAAAAGAGAGGCCUUCUAUUGGUGGCAAUAAUCCAGGCGGUCGAUGGCGUCUCAAUGAUAACGUUGUCAAUGUCAAUGGUGGUAGUAGCAGUGGUGAUAAUAAGCCAGUUCGAUAUGUCAAGUGUGAUGAGAAUGCUGUACAAGGGUAUUAUAUGGUGCCAAAUCUUGAUGCGUAUUUUAAGAAUGUGCCACAAAUAUUGGGGUAUUAUAUGAGUCGUGCUGAUUUGGCUGGUGCAAAUGCAAGCAACGCCAUCAACAGCAACGACAGCAGCAACAAGGAAAAUAGCAGUACUACCGACAAUGUUGAAUUAUUGAGGGGCAGUCUUGUACAGUUGGUAUCUGUUGAUCCUGCUACGGCCGUUCUACUAUGUGGUCGUGAGCCUCGAGUCACAUCAAGGGAAGCAUUAGGCGGCAAAGUUGAAGUCGUGGCCGAAAUGUCUUCCAUCUUCCGAGUCUCGUGUGUUGAAAACACUGUUGCCAAAGGAUCUCUUGGACCCAUAACCAUGCUCGACCAAUUACUCAGGCAUUUCAACAAGGCUAUGGAAUUGUACUUCAAGUACCUCUACCAGAAUAUGAGUGUGGGUGGUGGUGUGAUUGUCGUUGGUGAUGGUCAAGGAGUUGGAGGUUGGGCGUUGGCACAUGUUGAGAGUGAUGAACAUCGAGUGUUUAUUCAUGGGGUGUUGGAUUUGGUUGUUGCUGUGUUGAGUCAAGAUUAG